AUGGAAAAAUCUUGUGAGGUUUGUGGUGAUGUCCCAUUUGGAAAACAUUAUGGGGUAACUGCUUGUAAUGGCUUUUUUCGCCGUUCAAUUUGUAAUAGACGUAGCUAUAUAUGUCGUUAUGGAUCAACAUGUCCUAUUGUUAAAGAACAAAGAAAUGCUUGCCGCGCCUGUAGAUUAAAAAAAUGUUUUGAAGCAGGAAUGAAUCCGGAGGGUAAUUAUUAA